AUGCCGGAAGAAAUGGUGUUCUGCGGCACAGCCAGCUUCAAGGACGUUGACAAGGGCGAGCCGAUGAGCGGCGGAGGCAAGCAGGCGCAGAGGAAGGAGAAGAAGAAGCCGGUCACCGGGAAGAAGGAGAACCCGUACGCGUCGCGCGGGCUGGACAAGUUCUCCAUGGUGCUCGCGGAGCUCGAGUCCCGGCGGGAGAAGGUCCUGCGCCGCGUCGACGGCGGCGACCACGUCAUGGUCCGGUUCGUGCAGUCCGAGACCAAGGGCUGGGUGCCCAUCGUCGUCAAGCUGCCGACGGAAGAGCCCGCCGCCAAGGCCGAGCCCAAGAAGAAGUGCAAGUCCAAGCUGGCCGUGUCGUCCACGCCUCCGCCCACGCAGCCGCCGUCGCCGCGGACGGAGUCCACCAGCCCGAGAGGAGGAGACGACGCCGUCAAGCACGCCGCGGCUGUGACGGCGCCGGCUGUCGCUGCGGCGCCGACGAAGAAGAAGGCUUCGGCCGCCGGGAGGUGGUCGUGGGCGGACAAGGCGAUUAGGCCGAGCCAGUACUGGCCGUUCGUGGCGGUGCUGCUCUUGCUGAGCCUGGUCGUGUUCGGGAGGAUGUUCGCCAUCUGCUGCACCUCCAUCUGGUGGUACCUCGUGCCCAUCUUGAACGGCGAGGAUGGAGGACCCAGAUCCAUGGGCAAGACCGGCAGGCAUCUCGGCAAGAAGGCGAGCGACAAGAAGAUCGGCGAGAAGAUUACUUGGGCGUCAUUGCCUCCUUCACAUGGCAAGAAGGGCAGCUCCGGCGACCAUGAGGUGAUUUCGCCUAGAGGAUCACAUGGCAAGAAGAGCAGCUCCGGCGACCAUGAGGUGAUUUCGCCCAGAAGAUCACAUGGCAAGAAAAGUAGUAGCUCCGGCGACCAUGACGUGAUUUCACCUAGAAGCCAUGCACAUGGGAAGAAAGGGUAA